UCAAAUCUGCAGGAAAUGGACUUCCAUUGGGUCUUGAUCAAAGUCCUGCUGGUGCUCGUGGUUAUUUUUUCCCAGACGUCAGCAGGAACACAUUUCCCAGAGUUCAUUGCUGUGGGUCUGGUGGAUGGAGAGCAGUUUGUGUACUAUGACAGCAACAUCAGGAAGAUGAUCCCAAAGACACAGUGGAUAAAGAAUCUCGAAGCUGAUUAUUGGGAUGGAGAGACACAGCUUACACAGGUUAAUCAGGAGGAUCUGCAUCAUCUGUUGCUUACAGUAAUAAAAGACAUGAAUCACACUAAAGGAGUUCAUACUGUACAGAGGAUGUACGGCUGUGAGGGUGAUGAUGACGGCACCGUUAGAGGAUACGAUCAGUACGGUUAUAAUGGAGAAAAUUUUAUCCAUCUGGAUCUAAACACUGGAAGCUGGACUGCAGCUAAUGAUGAAGCUGAGAUCUUCAAGCGCCACUGGAUUUUUACAGACGCUGAGGUUAAACACAGGAAGUACUACCUGCAAAUGGAAUGUAUUAAGUACUUACGAAAGUUUGUGGCUUACAGAAAAAAUACUCUGGAGAGAAAAGAUCUUCCUGAAACAUCUGUGUUCCAGAAACGCUCGUUUCCUCCAGAGGUGGUGUGUCAUGCUACAGGUUUCUACCCCAAAGCACUGCUGAUCUCCUGGCAGGAGGACGGACAGAACGUACUCGAGGACGUGGAGCUCAGAGAGACAUUACCCAACCAGGAUGGAAGCUUCCAGAAGAGGAGCAUUCUGAAAGUCUCAGCUGAGGAGCUGCAGAAACACACCUACACCUGUGUGAUUGAGCACAGCAGCUUGGAGAAGGAUUUAGUGCUGCCUGUGAGCGAGAGACGAAUCCUGAGAGAUGGAGGAUCAGAUGGAGGACAGAUUGGGAUCAUGAUAAGUGGUUUGUGGAUCUACUUCUGUGUGCUGGACCUUAAACCAGAAGCCACCUAA